AUGAGUCAGAUGGUUAAGCCCAGACAACAGGGACUGGGCACGCAGAGCAAUAAAUGGUACAACAAACUAGAGAUUUCCGUUCUAGAGAAGCUUGUCCGCGUAAAUACGGCAGCUCACGCGCUCGAUCUUACGACCGGAAAUGGCCUAGUUGCGCGAUGGCUGGCAGCACAGGGUACUGGUGUUCUCGUGACGGAUGUGAGUCUAAAGAAGAUCGACAUAACUAGCAGCAGGCUAUGA